AAACUGUCCACACAAGACACACAAAUUCUUAUGCUGAAAUCCAGCAAUGGACUGUGAGAAGAUCCGAGACUUGUUGCUAUCGAAUUCACCUAUUUGUGUUUUUUUGACGGAUGCAAUUAAACGCUUGAAUGGAGGAAAAGACGUAGUCAAAGACAUGGUCCAGUGUGUUCAAUGUGAUGAACAACAAACAGGCGGGUAUACGCCUGACGAAGGCAUCACACUAUGUGCAAAUCAUUUGUUCAACAAAAAGAUGGCAGAAAAUACAUUGGCACAUGAAAUGAUUCAUAUGCACGACGACAAGCAGUUUCAAAUUGAUUGGCUUAAUCUGGAGCAUCAUGCAUGUGCAGAAAUUCGAGCCAGCAGUUUAAGCGGUGAGUGCCGUUGGACCAAAGAGUGGGCCGGGGGGAAUAUUAAAACGUUCAGUAAACACCACCAGGCGUGUGUGAAAAGAAGAGCAACGCAAUCUGUGCUGGCGAAUCCAAAGUGUACAAGCAAAGAAGAGGCCGAACGUGUGGUAAACAAAGUGUUCGAAGCGUGUUUCCGAGACACACGGCCAUUCGAAAAGAUUUAUUAAGAUGUAGUCGGGAAGAAAGGAAUAAAAAACAAAACGGUUAGGAAAGAAAGGGGAAGGAAAUUGAGAGACAAUGAAGAAGUUGAA